UGUCUGACAGCGCCUCGCGAGGAGCCGGCGGCACUUUUGACUGGCAGUGAAAACACGGUGCGGUGACGGCCGGCCGACCGGCCGGGCCGGCCCGGGCCUUGGCUCGUGCCCUCAGGCCCCUGCCGCCGCGCCGCGCGGCGGCCCGGGCGGCUCGCGGAGCGCGGCAGCUUCGGCAGUGGUCCGCGAGGGGUGGUGGUGUUCGAGCGAGGCGAGCGGCGGUCGAGCAGGUGCCGGGGAACUGAGUGUCUUACAGAACCGGCAGCAGACAGGAGCACCAUGGCCAGAGGAGAGGGGGAGCCUUUGAAGGCCGAGGAUAGCCUGCUCACAGUGAUCGGAAACAAAGGAAGAUGGCAGCUGCUGACUUUCCUCGUGCUCUCUCUGCUGGGCAUCCCGGCCGCGUGGAACAUGCUGGCCAUCACGUUCCUGGCUCCGACCGGAGUGGACCACUGGUGUGCGCCGCCCCCGGCGUUCGCCGACUGGUCCCCCGAACAGUGGAAACUGUACGCCAUCCCCACCACAAAGGCGUAUGAUGGGAAGGUGCGGUUCGACCAGUGUCGGAUGUUCAACAUCAGCUACGACAAGGUGCCCUCCGGCCCUGUGGUGCGGGGUCCGGCCAUACCGGAGCAGGAGCUGACCGCCAGCUCGGUGAUCCCCUGCCGCUCGUGGCCGGUCAGUAUCGGCAGCGACACCAACCGCACCUACCAGUACAACGAGACGCGCUUCGUCGACUCGGCCGUCAGCGAGUUUGACCUGGUGUGUGACCGGGCCGGGUACGUGGCCCACGCCCAGUCCAGUUACAUGGUGGGCAUUCUGCUCGGCGCCGUGCUCGGUGGCAUGCUGGCCGACUGGUUCGGCCGGCGGCGCGUCCUGCUCUACGGCACGGCAUUGUUCCUCAUCUUCGGCAUCGCCGCCGCCUUCUCCACCGACAUCUUCACCUUCAUGGUACUGCGCUUCUUCGUGGCGCUGAACAUGAUGGCCCUCUUCACCACAGGCUUCGUCUACGCUCUGGAGUCGGUGGGCGGACCGUGGCGCGCCAUUCUCGGCAUCUCCUACGAGUACACAUUCGCAAUUGGCUUCAUGUCCCUGGCCGGCAUCGCCUACGUGCUGAAGCCGUGGAUGCAGCUGCAGCUGUGCGUCGUCUUGCCGGCCGUCGUGUUCUUCUCCUUCUACUUCGUCAUCCCAGAGUCCCCGCGGUGGCUUCUGACUCAGGGCAGAGAGGAGGAGGCCCGAGACAUCAUCGAGAAAAUCUGCCGAAAGAACGGACGGCCCUACAAGUCCACUAUGAAAGUGGUGGAUGAGGGGGCGACCGAAGACGAGGACGAAAAGGUGACCAUCCUUGACCUGUUCCGGACGCCCAACCUGUGCAUACGCACGCUCAACUUCUACUACAACUGGUUCGUCAACAGCUUCGUCUACUACGGGUUGUCGCUCAACUCGGGUAACCUGGGCGGUGACCUGUUCGUCAACAUCUUCAUCGGCGGCGCGGUGGAGAUCCCGGCCUACGCUCUCAGUACGUUGGCGCUGCUGAAAACGGGCCGCCGGCUGCCGCUCUGCAUCAGCAUGGUCAUCGGCGGCGUGGCAUGCCUCUGCACCAUGAUCUUCGAGAAAGACGUCUACACGUUGGACUGGCCGAUCGUCACGUGCGCCAUGAUCGGCAAGUUCUGCAUCUCUGCCUCGUUCGCCAUCGUGUACGUCUACUCUGCCGAGGUGUUCCCCACCGUGCUGCGAACGACGGGUGUCGGCAGCUCGUCCAUGUGCGCCCGCAUCGGCAGCAUCGUGGCGCCCUACGUGGGCACCUACGGCGCCCAGGCGUACCGGUACCUGCCGGUGAUCCUGUUCGGCAUCACGUCCAUCCUGGCCGGCCUGCUGGCCCUGCUGCUACCCGAGACCAAGGGCAAGGCGCUGCCGGACACCAUCGAACAGGGAGAGGUCUUCGGAACGAAGCUGGAGGGCCAGGCGGCGGCAAUGACCGAGAAACCGACUGGGGAGGAGAACCGGGCGUACGCUACCGACUCGAUGGACACCAAGCUGUGAGCGGCGUGGGGGACGGCCUGUGCGGCAGGGGGAGGGAGAGGGGGAAUAGAACGAUAGUAGGGAGAUAGAGAGAAAGAGAGUGAGGAGAGGAAAGGUGGGAGGAGAGGAAACGUCCAACCAGCAGUGGUGGUAGAUGAGGGAGGUGGAUCUGUUGAUUUGUAACGUGUUCUUCAUCUCCUAUCGAUUGUAAGAGGGCCGAUUCAUAUUCGAGCUAUUCAGUAUGCGGGAGAGUGUGAAGCCCGUGGCCAAGCUCGUCCACGCGUCGUCUCAUAGCCAGUUGUCCCCGAAUAGCACGACUGUGGGAAUAUCGCCCUGCUGGGGUGCCGUCCAAUGAUCCGGUGUAUCACGUGCUGUGUCGAGUGUGUUGAAACAUGAAAACUGUGCUCUGUGUUAUGUCCAACCGGAUGCUCCAGCUCUGGGAGUAUCGAUGACAUUCUGAACUAGAAUUUGUCGUCGCUGUCACGGUUACCGGCCGUGUUUCAAUCCGACACUUUAGUGCGGACAACCAUUGGCUACAGGGCAAACGCUUUUCGUCCCCAGAAGCAUCUUAAUUUUUAGCUUUACAGUCUUAAUUCCACAUACAUUUGUGACGAUCAUACAUAAGUUCAUCAGACAUUUAUGCAUUAAUAUGCAGCGACUUUCACUACAGACAGGUAUAUACGUCGCUUCCGUGAUCGGAAAGGAAGCGAGUCAGAAAGCGAAAAACGCUCGCCCUGUGGCCGGUACCAAGCGUUAAAAAUACUCUCCACAUUGGAUGCAUGGCUAAUGGCUUGAAUAGGUAAAUGGCUCAUUGUUAUCGCAGCUAGCCAGACUAUUUUGCUAUUGUCCAUAUAAUCAAUAGACGAAACAAAUAGAACCAUGUAUCAUACCACGUAGAGUGUAGACAGCUUAGGGAUCCAUGCCUGAAAAUAUCCAGUUUAGACAAAGGGCACAUCAAUUUUUCCAAGCAUCCAUAGAGAAGCAUAAUCGUAGAGUAGGAAGAAGUUAGCGAGCGUGGAAUGUGCGACGCACGUAACUGCUGGAAGCCUUGUUCUUCGACUGUUAUACCGUGGUGUUCUACUACAUUUGCAAUUAUUUGCAGCGCUGCCCUUCGUUAGAAGGAAUUUUUCAUGCGACUAUCAGUUAUCUUUUCACUGUACGGUUGAGUUCGAUUCAGAAGGGGGUACUUUUUGUACAAUCUGUCUGAUGGCAUGCAACUUCAUCUGAUGACAAUGUAAUGUGUGAAUGUACUGCGCAAUACAUGUAUGAGCUUCUGACGAA